AUGAAAAUAUACAGUUAUGAUGUUUGUUUUGUUUUUUUUCAAAUGAUUUUGUCGGAAUAGUUUUGCAUCAAAUACAAUGUAAUUUUCGGCAGUCGAGAUCUGGCAGCAAUAGCGCAUUUUUCCGCUUGGGCGAGCGCUUCGCGGACAGCUUUCCUUGCGCAUGAAAUCAGCCGCAUACCAACAAAACACUGAGAACGCGCUACAAUCCUGACGAGUCAUAGCCACAGAGCGGAGGCGCCAAAGCUGCGGAGAACCCGCUUACCCUGAAGCUUCCGUCACUGACUAGAUUUACAGAAAAUGACCGCUGUUUUUCAUAAAUUAAUUUUACGUACUUAUUCCCAACGCUUUAUUAAGCUUUAAGUCACAUCUCAAAUGAUAAGGUAUCAAUUUAUAAUCCUAUUUAUAUUAAUUAGCCCGUGAACUCAUUCUCUCAGACGGCCUGGGUAUGCGGUGCAUUCGCAGCUUAUAUGGACGGAACGCCACUGCUAGAAAGCAUUUUGUUGUGCCAGAACAUUUGAUUAAUUUAGUGUUUUCCACUUACAACUACCCUUUUCACGACCUUUUUUCAGCCUUAAUUACAGUUUAACAGUCAUUACAAAUCAUUUUUAUGACAUUAGCUAUGUUUCCAUCCAAAAAUUCGAAUUUAACACAAAACUGGAAUAUCGCAUAAAAACAUAUGUGAUUAAAGCACCGUUUCCAUCCAACGAGUCAAAGUGAACUUCCUGGUAAACUGUGGCACUAAAUAUCACUAAGAAUAUAGGAGAAGCCACUGAAUAUAAUAAUUUUCAUAGCCUAUAUGAUAUAAAUUAUUUGCGCCUCAGAGAGAGCAGACGAGACACAAUAAAUGCUGUCACUGCGUUCGGAGGUGGAUGCCAGCUGUUUGAGAACACAGUCGUGUAAGACAAUUAUACAGAAAUACUUUGAUGACAGCCCAGAUAUCAAGAAUCUUUGGGCCAAAUGUGGCCGAUAGCUGGCACAUAUGGCUUAGAUAUGGCAUGGCUGAACAGAUAUGGCCCAUAUAUGUUUUACCAUAAGUUUAGAAUUUGCGGGAAAUACUUGCUUGGUUCACUGCUCCUUUUGAGGUAUAUGGUCCAGAUAACAACAAACACAUAAGAACCAAGUAAGGUUUAGCUACGGCUGACAUUGGUAAACAUCGACAUCUGGCUAAUAUUUGGAUUACACUUGGAAAACACAUCAAGUUUGGCGGAGGUCCGGCAGGCCGCGCCAAUUUGACCGAAAGACGGCUUCUUCCCUUUUCAGUGCAUCAGGUAAGUGAUAUUUUGGCAUUUUUAAGUGAUUUUAUUUAAGUAUUCAUCAUUAUGUGUCAGUAGUGGGAGUUAUUAAAUGUUUAGUUAUUUGUUUAAUCGAGAAAAGCGUCGAGUUAGAUAAUUUUACUUCGUUGAAUUUUACUUCGUUUGCGUAGCCCUCUGACAAUUUCCAAUAAUCACGCAAUUCGGGUUAAUGCAAAAAUACUUAUUUUAGAUAGAUAUUGAUUUGUGAAAACGUUUAAAAAGCAUUUUGUCACGUUUCAGUGUUUUUCACUGCUCUGUGGUAACAUUAUGGUAAAAGACAGGCUGUCCUGACCUAAUGUAAAAGAUAACGGUCGAAGCCAUUAGAAAAAUCAUCUUAUAAUUCUAAAAAUGGCAUAUUUGUAGUUUCUUAGUUGUCCCGAUUUCAAAAUAUUUCCUGUUUGUUUUUAACCAUUAACGUUAGGUCAGCAGUUUUCAAAGACUUUAAUGUAAGAGCCUGUAAUAAUACGGUUUGACCAGUGUGGUGCUGCCUGUAGUGCAAGACUGUAAUUCAGCGCUCCUGGAUGCAAUUCAAAAGAAGAAGAGACACAGCGCUUAUCACACAUAUCAUACAUAUCUAUGGCUCUUAUGACAGUCGGAGCGUGAGAGCGGCGAUUACAUGUAAAUAUGUGCUGCGAUAUUAGACAUUCUGAUUGUAUUUUUAGCACAUGACCAAUUCCAACCCACAUCAAUCUUUAUAACUACUAUACUAAUAAACAGUCAAACCAAAAUUUAUUCAGACACCUUCAACAUCUCACAUUAUCACAGUUUAUUCUCUAUAGUUUAGAAAAUGGUAAUAAAAUAUGACAAGAACUCAAGAGUUACACAAGAGUUACCAUUCAUCUUGAUAAUGCCAUCCUUCUGUUAGACUGUCUCACAAAUGAAUUCGUUUGAAUAGCUGUCAACUGUUAAAUUUAAGUACACAAUUAGAUAAUACCAAUUUAGGUCAACUAAUUACCAAGCAAUGCUUCAUUUUGUUCAGUCUGUGGUACAAAGAAUAAACACUGUGGUAAAGAAUAAGCACUUAAACAAAACUUGGUCAGGUCAAAGUGUCUGAAUAAUUUUUGGUCCUAGUUUUUAUCAAUUUUAUUGGUAGUCCACUGUCUGAAGAAUUUUUGGGUAUAAUAUGUCACAGUUUACUUUAUUUUGCUAUCCUCACUUACAUAAAUUAACUAUAGCGUCCUGCACCCACUAGUAAAAAAAAAAAAAAAAAAAAAAUUAUAUCUGGUGUCUGAACAAUUUUUGGUUUGACUGUAGUUCAGUUUCAGAGAUUAUAACCAUUAUAUCAUUAACCAAUAGACAAUUUAAUAGUAUAUAGUCAACAAUGCUGUCUGUACUUUUAAAGGUAUACUGAAAAUUCUCUCUCAAUUGCUCACCACCUAAACGAAAUUAAGUAUUACAGCCUAAUUCAUGUUAAAUUCCCUUAGAGUGAAGUAUUAACAUACUAGUAAAAUAGAUUCAAAGCUUUACUGGCAUGAUUGUCACUUAUAACAAAACAAAUAUGGUACAGUACUUCAAAUUUAAAACAGAUAAUACAGAAUACUAACUGAGUAAAGAGAUUCAUGGCAUGAAGUAGAAAGUCAUAUAACAUUGACUGAUAGAAAUAUCAUACAAUGAAACAGUAGAAUGGUUUAAAAGACUUUGGUGAAAUGUAAAAAGUGCAUAUACAAAACUGUUUUAUUCAUGUAUUAACUACAAAUUAUAAUAAUUCUACAUAAUAUAUUAUAAUAAAUGAUGUAAUAUGAGAGCUGUGUGGCUAAUGUGAGACCUCUCUUUCAGACAUGCUAGAUGAAGACCAUCAUGUUGCAACAUCUCCUCUAACAGAAACAAACACUGUCAUGGUUGGUGGUUUUCCGCAUGACUACAUGCACCUGUUUUGUCUUGGGGUGAUGCGGAGACUUUUAGAUCUUAGGCUGAGUUCAGGGCCGCUGUGUCAAGUAAUCUCAGAUGACUUUGCUCGUAAACCAAGACCACUAGCCCACAGACUGAGGUGGAAAGCUACAGAACUCAGGCAGUUCUUGUUAUACACUGGUCCAGUAGUCCUUUGUAACAUACUGGCCUCACCAGUGUACAGUCGUUUUAUGCUUUUAUCAGUUGCAGUUCUCAGUCGGAAAUUCUGCUUUCUGUUGAACGACUUUGCUCACACGUCUAGUGUCUUUUGUUGAACAUUUCAGUGUGUUAAAUGGGCAGGAAUUUGUGUGUUACAAUGCCCAUGGAUUAGUGCACCUCUCUGAGGAUGUGAAGCUACAUGGGAAUUUAGAUGAGUUUUCUGCUUUUCCAUUUGAAAAUUAUCUGGGAUCUUUAAAAAAAAACUUGUGAGAAGACCUUGCAAUCCUUUGGCCCAAGUCAUUCGCAGAUUAUCAGAAAUAAAUGCCCAGGAAAAAAUAGUACAGUAGAGCAUGAAUAGCCUCAGACGUGAACACAACGAUAGCCCUGAUUUUUUUCAAAAUCAGUUCAGCAGUUUAAUGAGCUCGUUCCUGAUGGUUUAGUCAUCAAAACAACAGAUUGGAGACAAUUGUGUGAACAUACAGAACUGUGUUGCCAUUGUUGUGAACAUUAUUUUGAGUGGAGGAAAGACAUUUUUGGUAUACAAGUAGUAUAGACAUAGAAGCUCUUUUUUUGACCAUCCAAUGAAUUCAUGUGACUUGGGAAUUUUUGUUGUGAGGGAACUCUCUGAGGACUUGCACAUCUCAGAGUUUGAUGGCAAUAUUGAGAAGUAUGUUAGGUUGCCUCUCCGAGACGGUUUUUGUUGUUUUACCACACUGCACAGACUGCAGAUGAUUUAAUGUGGAGUAUGUGGCGAUAAACUGGUAGACACUCUGAUGUUGGUAAGUAUGUUUCCAAAUUAUGUUUUUAUUUAUUUCCACAGUGCCAGUUCAUUCAAGUGUCCAUCCAAUAAAAGUAUUCGCUUCCAGUAGUUUGGAGGACAUUUUCAAGAAAAAAUUUUUAGACUCUUUGCCUCCCGCUGCCAGCAGUUUACAUUCCGGAGAUGGGAAAACACAGCUGCCUAUAUUCAAACAGACAAGAGAAAAUGCCUCUUGUGGAAUCUACUUGCUGAAUGAACUGCCACAGACUUCUACAAAGGAUUGCGGUUCUUGAAACAAAGUUACUUGCUGGACCUCCAAAACAGGUGGAACACACAGCAGAUCGUCAUCACGGACCCCCGCAGCAUACAGCCGGUGAGUCCUGUGAAUCUAGUGAAUCUCAACAGUUUAUACAAAGUGUAGAGGAACAAGCUGAAACUGAUCGACAGACUAAUCGAUGGCACGAACAGGGAGCGAGACCCAAAGGCACUUGAGACAUCAGAUUGUCACGAGUAUCUCGUAUUGCUGCGGUAGCAUCCUCUACCCCAGAUACGGCUAUGACAAGACUUGUAAACACUGGCAUUUUACAACCCCCUAUACAUCUUGAGAACAGAUUUGAAGCAUUAAUGAAUGUGGGUGAGGAAUCCCCAAAUGUGAUUGAACAUGGAUUGAAUCAGCCAGCAACUAACAUCGCUACUAACAGGCGCUCGAGGUCGAGCAGACAGCGGCAUUCAGCUCAGAGCGCAGCCGAGACCAGGACUCUGAUAGCGGGAGACUCUAUUAUCAGAAACAUCAGUAGCAGGACUACAACUACAUGCUGCUUUCCUCAAGCAACCGUCUCUGAUGUGAACAAGGAACUUUGGAACAUUCUGAUGAAGCACAAGACUGCAAAUCGAAUCAUCAUCCAUGUGGGGAAGAACGAUAUUCGGAAAGAGCAGUCAGAACUGCUUAAGAAGGAUUUCAGUGAACUCUUUGAAACACUUCAAGGACUUGAAGUUCAGUCGUUCAUCAGUGGACCACUCCCAGCAAGAGGAACUAACAUGUUUUCACGGCUGCUUGGGCUGAAUACAUCGCUACAAAGAACCUGCAGUACAAAAGGAGUCAACUUCAUCGACAACUUCAAUCUUUUCUGGGGCCAUAGACAGCUGUUUAAACUGGAUGGCCUCCACUCAACCAAUCUUGGUGCAAGAGUGCUAAAGGACAAUAUCUAUUUCUCCCUCCGUCAUCCUUCAGUGGUGUGUGCCAAUCCACUCGGCCUCAAAGGCACACACACACCUGGACAGAAUAUGAGUGACCACAGGACUUCAUGUCAGCCUCAGAGUCAUCUUAUGGUUGACACAUCCCACAAGGACACUGAUAACACCACGAAGCCAAAACAAGCUCUCCUCACAGAUGCUAUCUUGGCUGAGCCCUGCCCACACAGCUCAUCACAGACAGACUGUGACGUACUACAACAGAUCCAAGACUCAGCACCCAAGGACGACUUUCUGGAAAACAGCCAGGGAAGCCAGGACAACAUUUCACAGCCACCGGAAACACCAGAGCCAGAGCUCAUCUCACCAGACACACUAUCCCUCUCUCCAGAAUCUCCACUUCUAAGCUUCUCACAGAAAAUGGAGGAACUGGUGUAUGCUGGGACCAAACUCUCUCAGUGAUAUGUGUCGGGUCCCCGCUAUAUUAGCAGCAACACUCACAAAUGUUCACAGAACAAGCGGGAACCCAGUGUGCCUGUAGCCUUCUAUAUUUCUGUUUUAUCACGUGAUAGAAAGUCUAAGGCCCUCUCAAGCCGUACGGCUGACCCAUCUAAUCUGCGGCCUGUAAUGCGUCAAUCUAAGAUUGCUGUAGAGACAAAAUGUAAUUCCAUAAAGUUUGCAUUUUUAAACAUUCGCUCACUAAAAAAUAAAUCAUUUCUGAUCAAUUAUUUAAUAACCACAAACAACCUGGAUUUUAUGUUUCUAAAUGAAACAUGGCUUGAAGACAGCUGCAGUGCAACAGUCCUCAAUGAAACAGCGCCUCCUAACUUUAGUUUUACAAGUGUCUGCAGGACUGUUAGGAGAGGUGGAGGUGUAGCUGCUCUAUUUAAAGAUGUUUAUCAAUGCAAGCAAGUGUCAUUUGGUCAGUACUUGUCCUUUGAAUAUCUAGGUAUUGUGCUGAAAGGUGCUCCACGCAUUCUGUUUAUCAUUAUUUACAGGCCUCCAAAAUACUCUCCAGCCUUUGUUGAAGAGUUCACAGAACUGUUAUCAAUGAUUUCCUCAGAGUUUGACUGUUUUACUAUUGCAGGGGAUUUUAAUAUUCACAUAGAUAAUGCAGAAAUCAAAACUGCAAAAGAAAUUAUAACUGUUUUAAACACUUUUGAUCUGAUUCAGCAUGUGCAUGGACCCACACACAAUCGUGGACACACUCUAGAUUUACUCAUCAGUAGAGGUCUAAACAUUUCAUCCAUUGUUAUUAAGGAUGUAGCACUAUCUGAUCACUUCUGUAUUUUCUUUGAUAUACUGAUCUCUGUUAACACUGAAUCUAGAUCUGUCUCUGUCAGAAAGAGAUGCAUUAAUGAGAACACUAGUGCGCUAUUUAUGAAGGCUAUAUCUUUAACACCAAGCAUUUCUGCAGACUCUGUUGAUCUUCUCCUGGAUUCAUUUAACUGAAAAGUUAAAAAUGUUAUUGAUGAUGUUGCUCCGGCAAGGGUCUGCAAGAAGAAUGGCAGACAAAAAUCACCAUGGAGAAAAUCAACAGCAGUUCAGAGUAUGAAAAGACAAUGCAGAAAAGCUGAGCGGAUGUGGCAGAAGACGAAACUUGAAAUUCACUAUAGCAUCUAUAAAAACAGCCUUCAUGCUUUCAAUGUGGAACUAGCCACAGCUAGACAGACCUUCUUCUCAAACCUUAUAAACAGUAACUUAAAGAAUUCUUGCACUCUUUUUGCUACUGUCGAGAGACUGACAAACCCCCCAAGUCAGAUUCCCAGUGAAAUGCUCUCCGACAGUAAAUGCAAUGAGUUUGCUUCCUUCUUUUCUGAGAAGAUCAAUAAUAUCAGAAAGGAGAUUGGCAUAUCUAGUUAUGCAGAGGUCACACAGAUUCAACCGCAAUUUCAAAAAGAAGUGACUAUGUCUGUUUUUGAAGAAAUUUAUAGCAAAAUUUUGAACGAAAUAGUACAGCACCUUACAUCGUCAACAUGCUAUCUUGACACACUUCCCACAUCUUUUUUCAAAAGUGUGCUUAUCUGUUUAGAGGCAGAUCUCUUAGAAGUGGUGAACGCCUCACUUAUUUCUGGGACUUUUCCAAACUCCCUGAAAACUGCAGUUGUUAAGCCCCUUCUGAAAAAGCGCAAUCUUGAUAACACAAUGUUGAACAACUAUAGACCAAUAUCAAAUCUUCCUUUCAUAGGUUAGAUUAUUGAAAAGGUAGUUUUUAAUCAGCUGAACAACUACUUAAACUCAAAUGGAUACCUGGACAAUUUUCAAUCUGGUUUCCGAGCACAUCAUAGCACAGAGACAGCACUCAUUAAGAUAAUAAAUAAUAUUCGCUUCAAUUCUGAUUCUGGCAAAAUAUCAGUGCUGGUACUACUAGAUCUUAGUGCUGCGUUUGACACUGUUGAUCAUAACAUACUUCUAGAGAGACUGGAAAACUGGGUUGGGCUUCCUGGGAUGGUACUCAAAUAGUUCAGGUCAUACUUAGAAGGGAGAGGUUAUUAUGUGAGUAUAGGAGAGCAUAAGUCUAAGUGGAGUCCCACAAGGCUCAAUUCUUGCACCACUCUUGUUUAGCCUGUAUAUGCUCCCACUAAGUCAAAUAAUGAGAAAGAAGCAAAUUGCCUAUCACAGCUAUGCUGAUGAUACCCAGAUUUACCUAGCCUUAUCUCCAAAUGACUAUAGCUCCACUGACUCCCUUUGCCAAUGCAUUGAUGAAAUAAACUGUUGGAUGUGCCAGAACUUUCUUCAGUUAAACAAGGAGAAAACUGAAGUCAUUGCAUUUGGAAACAAAGAUGAAGUUCUCAAGGUGAAUGCAUACCUCGACUCUAGGGGUCAAUCAACUAAAAACCAAGUAAAAAAUCUUGGGGUGAUUCUGGAGACAGACCUUAGUUUUAGUAGUCACGUCAAAGCAGUAACUAAAUCAGCAUACUAUCAUCUCAAAAACAUUGCAAGAAUUAGAUGUUUUGUUUCCAGUCAAGACUUGGAGAAACUUGUUCAUGCCUUUAUCACCAGCAGGGUGGAUUAUUGUAAUGGUCUCCUUCCAAAGAAGACCAUUAGACAGCUGCAGCUCAUCCAGAACGCUGCUGCCAGGAUUCUGACUAGAACCAGAAAAUCUGAGCAUAUCACACCAGUCCUCAGGUCCUUACACUAGCUUCCAGUUACAUUUAGGAUUGAUUUUAAAGUACUUUUACUCGUUUAUAAAUCUCUAAAUGGCCUAGAACCUAAAUACAUUGAAUAUAAACCUAACAGACCACUCAGAUCAUUAGGAUCAAGUAAGUUAGAAAUACCAAGGGUUUACACAAGAGUCUGCUUUCAGCUAUUAUGCCACCCGCAGUUGGAACCAGCUUCCAGAAGAGAUCAGAUGUGCUAAAACAUUAGCCACAUUUAAAUCCAGACUCAAAACUCAUCUGUUUAGCUGUGCAUUUGUUGAAUGAGCACUGUGCUACGUCCGAACUGAAUGCACUAUGUAUAAUCAUUUUCUAUUCUUAAAUGUUUUAAAUUCUUUUUAAAUCACUUUGUUUUUAUUGUUGUGAUUAUUAUUAUUUUUAAUUCCUUAUUAUUAUUUUUAAUGACUAUUUCACUUCCUUUUAUGUAAAGCACUUUGAAUUACCACUGUGUAUGAAAUGUGCUAUAUAAAUAAACUUGCUUUGCCUUGCCAUUAGUAGAGACUCCAAGACCAGGGCCCGUAUUUAUCAAGCUUCUCAAAGUGCCAUUUUUAGAAAUUUACUCCUACUUUCAAAUUUAAGUAUAAAAGCAAGUUAUCAAAUUUCUUAAAGCUUAGAAUCACUCUUAGGCUAAUGAUACACAGGGAAACUUUGUGAGCAAUGUUGCCAGGCAUCUUUGGGUAAUGUUGCCGCCAACAGGCAACCAGGUGAGACACAGGGCCCAUGACCGAUUUAAAGAUCUAAAGACUGAUCUAAAGACUUCCAGAUAGAUAUUUGUUAAAUACUCUCAAUGGGAAAGUGCCCAAGCAACGUUGCUCAAAAACAGUUGUCCAAUGUAUCAUCAGCCUUACUCUCCCAGUUAUUUAAAACAGCUUGAGAGGUCUCUCAAGUGGUUAGGAGUUGCCAGAAGGGGCUUUUUUUUUUUUGUCAACGCUGGUUAAUGUUGAGCUGAACUUGCCUUUUAUAACAUGUUUCCACUGUUCGACUAAUUCAGCAAGCAGUAAUGUCUUCCUCCCGCCAGUUCGGUUUUCUUUUGGAAUCAAUGAUGGCUGAUUAUAUCAUAAAAACUAAGCUAUAUAUAGGCUGGCCAGUUUAUGGCUGUGGUGAUAGACCAUAGUAUUGUGUCAGAGAUAUUGCCUGUUGCUGAUGCCCUUUACGAUAGCAAGACGAUUCCUAUUAUUAUUUAUUGUCUGUCAAAAUUACACUAGGCGCCUAUCUUUAGUGAUGCAGUGUGGAAAGCCACUUCUGGGACGCUUCAGAAACAUGCUAUGGCUGGUAUAAACAAGCAUUGACCAGUGUGGCCGUGAUCAACUCCGGUGGCUGUGUUGGAGCCGUAACGCGCUGCAGAUUUGUGCAGUCAGUGUAUUCAUCAUACAGCUUCACUGAUUAUAACGGGAGUGUUUUUUUAAAGUACAUAAUACUCACGCUACAUUGAAGUCAGUUAUGAUGUUCUUCAGUAAUGUAAAUUUUCUUUGCGCUUUUUCUGUAGCUGCUUUUUGAAAAACUGAGGAAAUCAUAAUUAGUAACUUACAAUGUUUCCAUUAAAUUAUUAUCAUGUUAAAUUCAAAUUAAGUCAUAUUAAAAACAUUAGGCUGAUUUUGGCAUUAUGCAGGAGUUGGUUCACUUACUGGCAAUGGAUCUAAGUGAGUAAAUAAUUAAAUUAGCACGAUAAUAUCAUUUAUCGGCGAUCUCACAGGCUGAUUUUGAUUUCUCAAUUCAUGACCCCUUUAAUGUCUUACUAUAAAUUUUAUUAUAAAUCUUAUCACUUAAGCCAGGCUCACACUAUAGGUAGGGCUGUUGCGGUUAAGGAAUUUCCCUUGCGGUAAUUUUGAGUGGCUCAAUAGCGCGGUAUGCGGUAUUACCGCGCAUAUAUAUAUAUAUAAUCUGUGUGUGUGUGUAUUACGAUGUAAGGAGGUCAUAUUCAGAUAAUAUAUAUAUAAAAAAUGGGAAGAUCUGAGAGCAUGUUUCGCCAAGAGGUGACAAGUUUUCAUCACCUCUCACCGUCUGCUGCUCAUAACUGCUUAAGAGUGCACUGGCUGCAAGCAAUGACGUAGUGAAGGCUAUGUCAGACCCACAGGCACAUUUAAUGAGAAAAGUUCAAGUGCACGUUUUAGCCAUAAGUUUCAUCUGAAUUGCACACAGAAGGCAGCAUUAUGUGUCCCACAACAAUUCUUAGCUGCUUACAGAUGGGACUGCCUAUUAAUCGGCCUAAUUUGCAGCACAAUCGAUGCCGGUGCCGAUUCAUUAAAUUCCAAAAAUCAGCCAACCUCAAUCAGUCGACCUCUAGUUAGGAUAUGUAUAACUCAAUAUUUUAACUAAUUGUAAAAGCUGAAUUAUUGAACAAAGCCUACUGAUUAAUCUGUGACAUAAUCAACAUCCCUAUUUAAAACACUUAUUUCUUGUAUGUUAUUUUUCAAAUGAUCAAAUAUCUCUUUCAGUACAUGCCAGUAGUAACUUGCACCCAUUUUUGUUUUUCUAUGAAAUGAAAAGCUUUAACUUUGAAGUCAUAAAUGAUAGUGAUGAUGAUGAUUAUGAGCAAAAUUUGAGAGCUCUGGUGCAGCCUCCAACAUUUCAGUCACUUAGUUCCCUUUGCCAGCCACCAGCCGGCAGCAAACCUUCAUUCUACAUUCCAGCUAGUCAGCCACCACUGACUCAUCAGCCAUCACACUACCAGCCAGCUAGUCAGCUACCAUCCCAGCAAAAACGUUAAUGUGGGGCCCACAUGGGUUUCACAUGGGCUACAGGGGUACAGAGUGGGCAUGGGCUCAAAAUGGGCAUCUUAUCUGGG